CUCAAUCAGACAGGAAAUCAACAGAGAUUUUGGACAAUGGAUCUUCUGGUCAAGCAAAAGAGAGUGAGUUUUUCUGACCCAGGAAAAGAAAAGCGGGAAGGGUUCAGCAGCCAGUUUUCGGGCCAUGCGAGUGAUCAUGAUUAUGAUUCAAGAGACGCCGAGUUUGCAGCUGCUGUUGCAGCAGCUGCAUUUGCUAUUCACUCGCUUGAAGAAGCUGAAUUGGAAAUUCAGAGGAAGAUGAGAGAGGCCUUUGAAACCUCAAGGACCAAGAUUAAAAGCAGAAAGGAUGGAACCACAACUGGGUUCCAAAGUUCUAGGAGAUUCUCAAACAUGGAAAUGAAGGAUGCCGUGUCGAGGAAUAAGUCAAUGGGGCAGGAGGCUCAUGAUCCAUGGCGUCCACCCUCAGCAGAUAGAUAUCAGAACCAGAUUGGGAAUUCGUUACGGCGCAACGACUUGGAAACCAAAGCAGAUGCUUGGGAGAAAACUGCGAUGGAAAAGAUUAAGAAGCGGUAUGUGAAGAUGAAUUCCAAAAUACUUGCUUGGGAGAAUGAGAAGAAGAUGCAGGCCAAACUUAAGAUGGAAAGAAGAGAGGGUGAAUUGGAGCAGAGAAGGGCUUUCAACCUACAACACUACAAACACAAGAUAGCAAGGAUCGAGCAGAUAGCAGGAGGAGCAAGAGGGCAGGUGGAAGAGAAAAGAAGAAAUGAAGAGUUUGAGGUGAAAGAAAAGGGGGAGAAGAUCAGGUCAAAAGGAAAGGUUCCUGUCAAAUGUUUCUGCUUCUAUUGUCACUAGGAAUAUAAUGCACUUACCAAAAAGAAAGAAUGUCAUGCAAUUGGACUCAAUAGUCUUCACAGCCAUGGCAUUACAGCAUUUAUGAAAUCUCUUGGACUUCUAACUUGAUUCAGGAAUAUAACAGUAAAUUGUACAGCUAACAUGAAUUAUACUCAAAAUGUUGAUCA